AGUUUAGUUUCAGAGCAACUUUUCUUGUGCGGAUUAAAUUAGUAAUGUGUUUAUUUUUUAUUUGACUGUUUUAAGUUUUAUUUGAGUUGCCGCGUCUUUAAAUAAAAAAUGGACUGUGUGGAUUUCCCAAGAGUUCUUCCAAAUUCACCGAGGAAAGCACGGGGACAGGUUCAGGUCAUCUUUGGACCGAUGUUUUCAGGCAAAAGCACUGAGCUGAUGCGAAGAGUGCGCCGUUUCCAGAUAGCCCAGUACAACUGCUUGGUGGUCAAAUAUGCCAAGGACACUCGUUAUUCUGACAAAGGAAUGGCCACACAUGACAAAAACACAAUGGAAGCCGUACCAGCUAACUGUCUAGGAGAUGUGCGGCCUCUGGCAUUGCAAGCCUGUGUCAUCGGAAUUGAUGAAGGACAGUUUUUUCCAGACACAGUAGAGUUUUGUGAGGAGAUGGCCAAUUUAGGAAAGACUGUCAUUGUAGCUGCCUUGGAUGGAACUUUCCAGAGAAAGCCAUUUGGAAACAUCCUGAACCUCAUUCCUCUAGCAGAGAGCGUAGUGAAGCUCCACGCCGUCUGCAUGCAGUGUUACAAAGAAGCUGCCUACACCAAGAGGAUAGGGGCAGAGAAAGAGGUGGAAGUCAUCGGGGGAGCUGACAAGUAUCAGGCGGUUUGUAGAAAGUGUUAUGGAGGUCUGAUGGUGGACAAAGAGAACAGUGCUCCUUUCAGGCAUGAAACUCCGCAAAAUGUCCUCGUUGGAAAACUUGUGGACUCAGGGAUUCCCAGAAAGCUGUUCUCCUCUCUCCACCUCUGAAAACACACAAAGACUUGUUGCAGAAGUUGAGCGGAGAGUAGAAAACCAGGAAUUAAUGGUUCUAUUUGUUAUCCUUUUUUAAGCAUUUGUUUGUAUUUGAUGUCUAAUCAGAGUGAUGUAGUAUUCUACUUUAUUUUGGUAUAUUACUUGAAUGACAGCACUUGACAAUAACCCUGAAAAUGAGCAAACUAAACUCAUUGCAAUGGUUUCACUAAAUUCAUGUGCAUUCUCCUGUCAAAUAAAGGUUGUAAAUUAUA